AUGACAACCCUCCCAGACCCCCAAAAUGCCACCCGCGCAACCCCCAACAUCCCCCUCGAAAAAGCCUCCCUCCACAUCGGCAGCUCAACCUCCAUAAAAGCCCCCUCCCCAAAAGUCUGGUCCGCAUUAACAGACACCUCAACCUGGCCAACCUGGAACUCCUUCGUUCCACGCGUGACAAUACGCUCCCAACCCAACACCGAGUCCCUCUCUCCAAUUCUUCAAAAAGGAACAAAAUUCACCUUCCACGUCUGCAUGGACCCAACUUCCACUUCCGACAAGCCCCCUGCAACAGAUGUCCAUAUGCUCAUUACUGAGUGCAGUGCGCCGGAUUCGGAGACAGGGUCUGUUGGAAGGAUUGUUUGGACUGGUGAUUUUGAGGCGAAGGGGACGAUGGCGCCGUCGCUUUUGACUGCUGAGCGGGUGCAUGAGGUUGUGGAUGUUGAGGGUGGGACGGAGGUGAGGAAUUGGGAGGCGCAGGUUGGGUGGGUUGUUUUUAUGGUGAGGAUGAUGUAUGGGGCUAGGUUGCAGGCUAAUUUUGAAUUGUGGGUUGAUGAUUUGAGGCGGUUUGUUGAGGGUUUGGAAUAG